AUCCCAAUGCAUGUUGGUGCAUCCCAAUGUAUGUUGGUGCAUCCCAAUGUAUAUAGAUGCAUCUCAAUGCAUGUUGGUGCAUCUCAAUGCACACUGAUGCAUCCCAAUGUAUAUAGAUGCAUCCCAGUGCAUGUUGGUGCAUCUUAAUGCAUGCUGAUGCAUCCCAAUGCACAUUGAUGCAUCCUGUGCAUGCAGGUGCAUCCCAUUCUCUCCCCUCCUCUCCUGCAGACCCGUUGCUGCUGCAGCUGCCGGUGCAUGCGGUGCUGGAGGGCGACGCGCUGUCCCUGCAGUGCAAAGCCCAGAACAGGGAGAUCAGCAGCGUCAGUUUCUAUCACGAGUGGAAGCUGCUGCAGGAAGGACACAGGGACCAACUGCAGCUGCCCGCAGCAACGCAGCAGCACAGCGGCCGCUAUCGCUGCACGGCCUACGUGCAGUCCUUUUUCUCAAGUUGGUCAGCCUCUUCCCAAUGGUUGAUGUCUUCCUAUAGUAACCUGGUGGUGCAAGAGCUGUUCUCGGUGCCGGAGCUGAAGGUGGAGGGUCCCCAGCCCCCCCCCGAGGGCAGCCCCCUCCCCCUGCUCUGCGCCACCCGCCGCAACGCGCUGCGCCCCCACGUCCCCCUGCAGUUCUUCUUCUAUAGGGACGGGUCAGUGGUGGCGGGGCCGCAGUCGGACCCCCAGCACACGGUGCAGGAGCUGCUGCUGUCGCAUUCGGGGUCCUACAGCUGCAUGGUGCAGAUGGGACACGUGCAGAAACGCAGCCCCCCAGUCACCGUCACUGUGAGAAGUGAGAGGGCAGUGGGGCAGGGAGGGGCUGGGGGGGGUCCCAUGUCCCCCCAGGCCUCCAUGGACCCCCCCAUCCCAAUCUGGGUUCCUAUAUCUGCCCUUAUUGCCAGGUUCCCCAGCUGCUCUCAGGUCCUCAAACUGCUUCCUCAGUCCCCACAUCCCUUUCAGGCCUUUCCAUUGCACCCCACAUCCUCCCUGCCCCACACGUCCCCCAGCCCUACUGGGUCUCUCCAUCCAUCCCCAGAUCCCCAUCCCUACCCUGGUGCUCUGCUCCUCACCUUGGCCCCGACUCUGAAGACUCAGGUGCUGGAAGGUCCCGCCCUUGGUAUGCUGAGCUGCGACCGUGUCGGAGGGUUCCGGUCCAAACUUCCUUCACCUGGUACCAAUCGUGACAGAACGCAGACGGGAUCGCAUGGGCCAACGGGGCAGCGCUACAGCUGCCAAUGA